UCAAAGAGAGAGAAUGACAAUACAAAAUUCUACAAUCGUGAAAUUUAACCAAGCGCGGUGUUCGCAAUAAUUUUAAGGGUUUCAAAAUCUUUGUAAAUAAGUGGUAUUAGAUUAUUAUUUUAAAGGUUUUUGUGAGAAAUCGUCAUCAUGAGUUUUGGAUUGCCCUCCUUGAAAGUAAAACCUGAAAAUGCUUGCAAUAUCAAAAGCCAAGAAGGUCCUUUUGGAAUCCCUGAUCCAAUGGUUGCAGGAAUUGCAGCAACAAAACCAAAAAUCAGUACCUCGCAUCCUAUUGAAACAUCUGAAAGAAAUUAUCAUUUAAAUGAAGAGAAAAUGAAUAUGGCCAUGCUCCGUAAUAUUCAAGGUCUGCAUGCCCCUCUAAAACUUACCAUGGAGAUGAAAUUUGCAAACAAGGUGGGCCGCUUACCAUUCCUUCCGAGCUCCAACUUGCAGCAUGAUGUUCUCACAGGUAGAUAUUUGGACAUUGGCUUUGAGGACAUUCUUAAUACUCCAGAUGUCUGUGAAAUAGCAGGACAGCCUCAUGCCAUGGUUGAGAGGUCACUUGGAAUAUUGUGAAAAAGUGUUUCAUUGUAAUAAAUAUGUAAUGUUUUCUC